AUGGAGGGGAUGCGAGGCAACAUGAUGCUGGAACAACUGUAUAACGAGCAGAGUCGCAGGUUGUGGUAUACUUGGGGUCCAAGUCAAGGUGUUGUUCUGAAGCAGGGUAGAGGGAAAUACGUUGCUUGCCCGCCGCAAUUGCAGGCGGAGUCGGGCGGUCUAUUUGACCAAAUCGUCAUGAUGAACGCCCGAUGUGCUAUGACGAUCAAUACACAUACCACUCAAUUGUUUCUAUCGGUUCAGCAACACGACCAAGCCUCCAUGCGAAACGGCUUGGCUAUACAGAUUCUGCCAAGCGUACAAUACCUCCCGCGAUGCUUCAAACACCAGUUCGCGGCCUUCAUAAAGGACCAGGGAUGCCUAGUUGUGUGGGACGAUGAACCGGAACACCUUGUCAGUCGAGCAGUUGAGCUGGAGUCAUCAAUAUUAAUCACGAUCUGGAAUGGCGACGAGAUGGAAGAGAUGGAAGGGAAGAAGGAGAAUGUCUCAGUUGAUGCAGUUCCGGUUCUGGACUCUCAAAAUGAAAUUGACCUUGAAGCCAUGGCACCAGAGCCCAGAUCAAUCGUCCUAUGGAGUCCAACUAUGGUUGCUGGGACAUUGACACUGAUGUGUUCAGCGCUCGGGUUGGGGUUUCGGUCUCUAGCCCUGGAGAUUGCGGUAGAUGGCACAUAUCUCCGCUUGGCUCUACUUGCUUUGUUGCCUGUUAUUUUUUUCAUGGGACUGUUUAUGAUGCAAAGUGUUAUGGGAUGUUUUAUGCAAAUGUUCGGCCCAGUUAACCAGAUGAUGAGCAAUUCCAAAGCAUACUCCGGCAAGCCACCUCCUCGGAUACAAAGCGGUACCCUGCCACAUAUCACAAUUCAGAUGCCAGUAUACAAGGAAGGCCUCGCUGCCGUCAUCCGACCGACUGUGCUUUCUCUCAAGGCUGCCAUUUCUACGUAUGAGCUACAGGGAGGCACUGCCAACAUCUUCGUUAACGAUGAUGGUCUCCAACUCCUCCCUGAGGAUAAGGUGAACGAACGUUGCGAAUUCUAUGCAGAGCAUAACAUCGGCUGGGUCGCUCGCCCGAAACAUAAUCCUCCACCCAAAAAGUCGAAGAAUGAUGACACACCAAUCGACGAGUCCACCCUUUUCGUGCGCAAGGGAAAGUUCAAGAAAGCUUCAAAUAUGAACUUUGCUCUCAUGGUGAGCAACAAAGUCGAAGAUAAGCUUCUAGCCCUCCCACGAACUCCGGUCUGGUCUCAGAAAGACGAAGACGCUGCUUAUCAGAAAUGCCUCGCCGAAGUCCUCGAUGAACUGAAUGGCAGAGCAUGGGCGAAGGGAAAUAUUCGUGUUGGAGAUUACGUCUUACUCAUUGAUUCGGAUACUCGCGUACCUACGGACUGUCUUCUUGAUGCUGCCAGCGAGAUGGAGGCGUCACCGGAAGUCGCUAUUCUGCAGUAUUCCUCGGGCGUCAUGCAAGUCACAGAUACUUUCUUCGAGAAUGGAAUUACCUUCUUUACAAACUUGAUCUACACCAUGAUCCGCUUCGCCGUAUCGAGCGGAGACGUCUGCCCGUUCGUCGGUCACAAUGCCAUUCUCCGUUGGUCCGCUCUACAACAGGUCUCAUACGAAGAUGAAGACGGAUACGAAAAGUUUUGGUCCGAGUCCCAUGUAUCUGAAGACUUCGACAUGGCCCUGCGGCUCCAAUGCUUUGGAUAUAGCAUUCGCCUCGGUGCUUACCACGGCGACGGGUUCAGAGAAGGCGUUUCACUAACUGUAUACGACGAGCUUGCCCGUUGGGAAAAGUACGCUUAUGGCUGUAACGAGCUCUUAUUUCAUCCGCUUCGAUUCUGGAUUCUACGUGGACCCUUCACGCCUUUAUUUAAGAAAUUUAUUGGGUCGAACAUGGCGAUUGGAGCGAAGCUUACUAUUCUAGCGUAUAUUGGGACUUAUUACGCUAUUGGUGCAGCUUGGGUCAUGACCCUUGCAAAUUACUUCAUCUCCGGAUGGUUUGUUGGACAUGUAGACAAGUUCUACAUUGGGUCAUUCCAGGUUUAUUUCUCGAUUAUAGCAGUGUUCACGGUCCUGGGUAACGUCGCACUUGCAGUGCUGCGGUAUCGAACUUCUGAAAAGGCUCUGUUGCCAUCACUUUUCGAGAACACGAAAUGGAUCCUCCUCCUCACUAUUUUCCUCGGCGGCAUCUCCUUGCACGUCUCACAAGCGCUCCUCUCACACAUGUUCGAGAUCGAUAUGUCGUGGGGCGCAACCUCCAAAGAAGUCGAAAACACCACCUUCUUCGAAGAACUUCCUCGCCUCCUUAAGAGAUUCAAGUUCACCUUCAUCUUCUGCUUUGCGAUGAUUGGUCUUAUGAUCGCUGGUGCGGUCGCUUUCCCGGUGUUUUGGACAAUUACGACAUUCAAUGCGAUAUAUCCGUUGGCUGCAGUGGUUUUUAGCCACUUGUUAUUGCCUAUUGCGUUGAACCCAGCAUUGAUGAUGUUUAGUUGGUGA